CGUCGAUCGCUGGAACGCAGCCUGUGCGCAGUUUUCGCAGUAUGAGGACCUGCUCUGUACGUAAAAAACAUAUAUGCAACGGGCGGAAGAAGAAGAAGUUGAAGAAGAAGAAGAAGAAGAAGAGGGAAGAGGAGAAGAAGAAGAAGAAGAAGGAGGAGGAGGAAAAGUAGAAGAAGAAGAAGAAGAAGAUAAAAACGAAGAAGAAGAAAAUAAAGAAGAAGAAGAAGAAGAACCGGCGAGAAGGCACAUACUGUCCAGUUUUUUUCCCCUUACUGUUGCUUUAGUGCAGGACUGGGCUGCAGAUGUUCCUGCUGCGGGACAGCGGAGGAUUAUAUCAUUUUUUUGUUUUGUGUGUGUGUUUAUUUUGACUUUCUUCCAAGUUCCCCGGUUGUCGGAACCGGGCCGUUGUCGUCACGGUUAUCCCCCCCCCCCCUCUUAUCCCCCUCCCCUCUCCCUCCUGCUGCCCCCUUCAUGGAUGGUCCAGUGUCGGUGUCUGCCGCUCAGCACAGGCCGAGUUUGGAGCUCGGAAGGAGGGCUAAAUGUGCCGCCACCUCACCCCAGCACACUUUUGAGAACUUGAUUCGGACAUAAAAAAUUUAAAAAAAAAAAAAAAAAAAAGGGGGAAAAAGUGAGCCUCAGCUAUGGGUUGCAUGCACUUUCUGAUGUGCCUCUCACUCACUCAGCUCAUGCUGGAGCCUACUUUUGCCGCAGGAGCCCACGACAAGCUCUCUGGCAAGUUGAGCGAGUAUGGUCUCAUUGUGCCAUUCAGCACAGACUCCCACGGCCGCUUCAUGUCUCACCUGCUCUCCACCGGCGGCGCUCCGGAGGAUGGAGACGGCGGCGACGCCGGACGCAGGAGGAGGAGGACCGCCGGGAGGCGGCGGGUGGCCCGCGGCGCCCCGGAGAUGCCCUCGCUGGCCCCCGGCUCGGCCCAGCGCUUGUUCUUCAACGUGACCGUCUUCGGCAAGGAGCUGCACCUCCGGCUGAGGGCCAACAGGAAGCUGGUGGCCCCGGGGGCCUUUGUGGAGUGGCAGGAGGACUUCGAGGGCAAGGCCAAGGAGCGCGUGCACAGGGAUUGCGUCUUCACCGGGGACGUGAGCGACAUGCCCCACGCCGCAGUGGCCAUCAGCAACUGCGACGGACUGGCAGGCUUGAUCCGCACCGACCAUGGCGAGUUUUUCAUCGAGCCCCUGGAGAAAGGCCAGCAGGAUGUGGAGGUGAAGGGCCGCGUGCAUGUGGUGUACCGCAGGUCGGCCGUCAAGCGGGAAGCUGGCCAACGCGGGGAGACUCUCCGCAAUGAAGUGGUGGACUUCGGCCUCGCGGAACUCCCGGCGGCCCUGGACCUGGUCCAGCACAGACUGUCGGAGGCCGAGCGCAAGAGGAGGCACGCCAAGGCGGACGACUACAACAUCGAGGUGCUGCUCGCCGUGGACGACUCGGUGGUGCGCUUCCACGGCAAAGAGCACGUGCAGAACUACGUCCUCACCCUCAUGAACAUCGUGGAUGAAAUCUACCACGAUGAGUCUUUGGGGACCAACAUCAACAUCGUCCUGGUCCGCAUGAUCAUGGUCGGGUAUCGUCAGUCCAUCAGCCUGAUCGAGCGUGGCAACCCAUCCCGCAGCCUGGAGCAGGUGUGCCGGUGGGCCAACACGCAGCAGCGCGGCGACCCCGACCACGCCGAGUACCACGAUCACGCCAUCUUCCUCACAAGGCAAGAUUUUGGUCCCGCAGGUUAUGCUCCGGUGACUGGUAUGUGCCAUCCGCUGAGGAGCUGCACUCUGAACCACGAGGACGGCUUCUCUUCCGCCUUUGUGGUCGCUCACGAGACGGGCCACGUCCUGGGAAUGGAGCACGACGGCCAGGGCAACCGCUGCGCCGACGAGACCAGCAUGGGCAGCAUCAUGGCGCCGCUGGUCCAGGCCGCCUUCCACCGCUACCACUGGUCCCGCUGCAGCAAGCAGGAGCUCAGUCGCUACAUCCACUCCUACGACUGCCUGCUGGAUGAUCCCUUUGAGCACAAGUGGCCCAAGCUUCAGGAGCUCCCCGGGAUCAACUAUUCCAUGGACGAACAGUGCCGCUUUGACUUCGGUGUCGGUUAUAAGAUGUGCACCGCUUUCCGCACGUACGACCCCUGCAAGCAGCUGUGGUGCAGCCAUCCCGACAACCAGUACUUCUGCAAAACCAAAAAAGGGCCACCUGUGGAUGGGACGGAAUGUGGUCCUGGAAAGUGGUGUUUUAAAGGCCAUUGCAUCUGGAGGUCUAGCCAGGAGCCUCAGGGCCACGACGGCAGCUGGAGCUCCUGGUCCAAGUUUGGCUCUUGUUCGCGGACAUGUGGAGGCGGAGUUCGCUCCCGCAGCCGUCAAUGCAACGACCCUGCGCCGGCCUACGGCGGUCGCGAGUGCCCCGGCUCGGAGUUAGACUACCAGAUGUGCAACACGGAGGAGUGCGCCGGGCCCUACGAGGACUUCCGUGCUCAGCAGUGCCUCCAGAGGAGCAACAAAUACCACAACAACAAGAAACACACAUGGCUGCCAUACGAGCACCCAGAUGAGAGUCGCAAGUGUGAGCUGAGCUGCACGUCCAAGGAAACUGGGGAGGUGGUCUUCAUGAACCAGGUGAUGCACGACGGGACCCGCUGCAGCUACAGCGACCACUUCAGUGUGUGCGCGAGGGGCGAGUGUCUGCACGUCGGCUGCGACAAGGAGUUUGGCUCGUACAAAGAGGAGGACAAGUGCGGAGUGUGCGAGGGUGACAACUCGCACUGUCGCACUGUCAAGCUGACGCUCACCAAAACGCCCAAAAAGAACGGAAUACUGAAAAUGUUCGACAUCCCUGUUGGAGCCCGUCACAUCGUCAUCGAGGAGAACGACACUUCCCCACAUCUAAUUGCCGUGAAGAAUCAAGUGACCGGCAAUUUCAUCCUUAACGCCAAAAGUGAAGACGCGGAGUCCAAGACCUUCAUCGAGAACGGUUUACAAUGGAACUACACCAUUGAGAGCAACGGCAAAGAGACCCUACGGACGUCCGGCCCUCUGCAUGAAGGCAUCUUAGUGCUGGUCAUUUCGCGUGAAGAGGAGGCAAAGAUCAGCUUGACGUAUAAAUACAUCAUACACGAGGACCUGCUGCCUCUCAUCACUAACAACAACAUCCUCCUGGCCGAGUUGGACACGUACGAGUGGGCGUUAAAAAGCUGGUCGCAGUGCUCCAAACCUUGCGGCGGAGGCAUACAGUACACGAAGCAUGGAUGCAAGAGGAAGAGUGACAGCCGCUUGGUCCAUCGCAACUUUUGCGAGACCAGCAAGAAGCCCAAACCCAUCCGCAAGCGUUGCAACAUCCAGGAGUGCAGCCAGCCAACGUGGCUGGUGGACGAGUGGAGUGCGUGCAGCAAGACAUGCGGGAAGCAGGGCUACCAGACGAGGGUGGUGCAGUGCAUGCAGGCGCUGCACAAUGGCACCAACCGGCCCGUCCACAGCAAACACUGCGCCGAGGACAGGCCGGAGCCCAGGAGGAUCUGUAAUAACACGGCAUGUCCUGCACAGUGGAGGACCGGGGCAUGGUCUCAGUGCUCGGUCUCCUGUGGGGAAGGCAUCCAGCAAAGGCAGGUGGUGUGCAAGACCAGCAACAACACCGCAGGCGACUGUGAGGGCGACAAGCCGGAGACGGUCCUCAUUUGCAACAUUAGCCCUUGUCCAGGUAAUCGAUGGAGACGCACUGAGCCUGAAUGGCAAUGCACGACUCCACUUACUUUUUCAUAUUUCCUGUACCUCAUGAAAUGGAGACCGUAA